GGAGAUCAUGCACGCGCACACACGCGCGUCAGAGCAGAUGCAGCUCGCGCUCAUAGAGACACCGGGCACACACGAGCGCAACAAUUCAUUCUGGAUCAAAGUGAAUUUAAACUCCCUCGGUCUAAGACUGGAUUUAUUCGAGUUAAGAGUUAGUGUCAGGCGUCUCAAAUGGAGACAGAAGCCAUGGAUGUCCAACAGCAGGAUGCAGGGCAGGAUGGUGACCUGGACAGGGUCAAGAUCCAGGAGAAUUAUGUCCCUGUGCACACAACACAACCACAAGCCACUGGCAAACCCAAAGAUGUCACAGAGAUUGUGUGCACUGACAGUAUACAGGAUCACAGCGGAAGCAGCGAAUCUCUGACAGAUGCUGUCAUAACCAGUGAAGAUGCUCUACUGCUACCUGACCAUAUACCUACACUUUCACACAAAAUAGAGAAAAGCAAUGAGAAGCCCAGUCUUUCUAAUGGAUCUCGUCCAGGUGUCAUCACCAAUGGCUCUGCUGUUAUCUGUACACCACCUGCUUCUUCAUCAGGAGGAAGAGCACCUCAUAUUACAACACCACAGAAAUGCAAUGGACACGCAAAGCGUCACGGUCACAGACACCCUAAAAAAAACCGUCCGUCUUCCACCUCCAAGAGUCAGCAAAGCUUCAAAGGCGAUGCUUCACAGAUACAGCGUGUCGCUGGGGAUGACUGCUGUGUGCACUGUAUACUAGCCUGCUUGUUCUGUGAGGUUCUGUCUUUGUGUUCAGUCGUGGCUCAGUGUUUGGCCUGCGGUCUGGAGUGUGACACUCUCUGCUGCUGUGGUGAAGCAGCCACCGGAGGACUGGUGUGCUGCACUGAGGACACUUGCUCUGCCCUGCUGGACUGUGGGAUACUGGAGGACUGCUGUCAGUCUUCAGACUGUCUUGAGAUCUGUUUGGAAUGCUGCUCUAUCUGUUUCCCUGCAUAGUACUAAAGCAGCCAAUGGGAUUCUCAACAGAACAAAAUAGAGUGCAACAGUCUGGUUCUGGAAGUAAAAAUCUAGUUAAUUUUUUCCACUGGGGAAUUAAUUAUUAAUGAUAACAUAAAAGCUUAGAGAGAGACCAACCAUGAGCUCAGAGGUUGUUAAUCUUCUGUUGAAGCCAUCAGUCAGCAUUAUUUCAACUUUAUUUAAAUAAAUUCCUGGUCAAGAACUACACUACCCAUGAUCCUGAGGGGGGAAUCCGGCAAUCAGAAAUCAUGGGAAACAAACCACGGCAAAAGAGCUCUGCAGUGACUGCACACACCCAUGAUGCUCUCCCUACACUCUCAAACUACUUAAAUAUUUGUAUGUAUAUAUAUAUAUAUAUAUAUAUAUAUAUAUAUAUAUAUAUAUAUAUAUAUAUAUAUAUAUAUAUACAUAUUGGCGGCCAAAAGUUUGGAAUAAUGUACAGAUUUUGCUCUUAUGGAAAGAAAUUGGUACUUUUAUUCACCAAAGUGGCAUUCAGCUGAUCACAAUGUAGUCAGGACAUUAAUAACGUGAAAAAUUACUAUUACAAUUUAAAAAAAAUAAAAUAACUACUUCAAAGAUUUCUCAUCAAAAAAAUCCUCCACGUGCAGCAAUGACAGCUUUACAGAUCCUUGGGAUUCUAGCUGUCAGUUUGUCCAGAUACUCAGGUGACAUUUCACCCCACACUUCCUGUAGCACUUGCCAUAGAUGUGUCUGUCUUGUCGGGCACUUCUCACGCACCUUACAGUCUAGCUGAUCCCACAAAAGCUCAAUGGGGUUAAGAUCUAUAACACUCUUUUCCAAUUAUCUGUUGUCCAAUGUCUGUGUUUCUUUGCCCACUCUAACCUUUUCUUUUUGUUUUUCUGUUUCAAAAGUGGCUUUUUCUUUGCAAUUCUUCCCAUAAGGCCUGCACCCCUGAGUCUUCUCUUUACUGUUGUACAUGAAACUGGUGUUGAGCGGGUAGAAUUCAAUGAAGCUGUCAGCUGAGGACAUGUGAGGCGUCUAUUUCUCAAACUAGAGACUCUGAUGUACUUAUCCUCUUGUUUAGUUGUACAUCUGGUCUUCCACAUCUCUUUCUGUCCUUGUUAGAGCCAGUUGUCCUUUGUCUUUGAAGACUGUAGUGUACACCUUUGUAUGAAAUCUUCAGUUUUUUGGCAAUUUCAAGCAUUGUAUAGCCUUCAUUCCUCAAAACAAUGAUUGACUGACGAGUUUCUAGAGAAAGCUGUUUCUUUUUUGCCAUUUUUGACCUAAUAUUGACCUUAAGACAUGCCAGUCUAUUGCAUAAUGUGGCAACUCAAAAACAAACACAAAGACAAUGUUAAGCUUCAUUUAAUGAACCAAAUAGCUUUCAGCAGUGUUUGAUAUAAUGACAAGUGAUUUUCUAGUACCAAAUUAGCAAUUUAGUAUGAUUACUCAAGAAUAAGGUGUUGGAGUGAUGGCUGCUGGAAAUGGGGCCUGUCUAGAUUUGAUCUAAAAUGACUUUUUUCAAAUAGUGAUGGUGCUGUUUUUUUACACCAGUAAUGUCCUGACUAUACUUUGUGAUCAGUUAAAUAUAUAUAUAUAUUGCAAUAUACUUUAAAUAUAUUUAUUCUAUACUUGUAAUCAACAACAUAGAAUAAGUGGUUUUAUAUUUCCUCAUUGUUUUUAAUUCCAUUGCAUCAUUCGCAAUGCUUCAUGGGAUUGUAGUUUGCUCAUUAAAGAAGUAAAGUACA